GUAACAUACAUUUUUAGGACGUGUAUGCAUUUGCUAAAAAACAAAACAGUGAUAAUAUGUGUAGUCUUUUCAGAACCUCCUCUAUUGGAAUGGGGGGACAAAGUUUUGAACUUGCAGAGAAUCCUAUCUUCGAUGGAGCAGACCGAAGCUUUUGUUUUCUACUGCCGGAAACGAUGCCAGUUGACGAAUCUUUAAUUACGCCCGGGAAAACAGUCUGCGUCACUGGUGCUGGUGGAUACAUCGCUUCUUGGAUUAUUAAGUUACUCCUUGAGAGAGGCUACACGGUCAAAGGAACCGUACGGAAUCCAGAUGAUCCGAAGAACACACAUUUGAGAGAACUAGAAGGGGCCAAGGAGAGACUGAUUCUGUGCAAAGCAGAUCUCCAGGACUAUGAUGCUCUUAAGGAGGCUAUCGAUGGUUGCGAUGGCGUCUUUCACACGGCUUCUCCGGUCACUGACGAUCCCGAAGAAAUGGUGGAGCCGGCCGUGAACGGAGCCAAGUUCGUAAUUAAUGCUGCAGCUGAAACCAAGGUGAAGCGCGUGGUCAUCACCUCCUCAAUUGGUGCGGUCUACAUGGACCCGAACCGUGACCCUGAAGCCGUUGUUGACGAAAGUUGUUGGAGUGAUCUUGAGUUCUGCAAAAACACUAAGAAUUGGUAUUGUUACGGCAAGAUGGUGGCGGAGCAAGCGGCGUGGGAGACGGCAGAGGAGAAAGGUGUUGACCUGGUGGUUUUGAAUCCGGUGCUGGUUCUUGGUCCGCCGUUACAGCCGACGAUCAACGCCAGUCUCUUCCACGUACUAAAGUAUCUAACCGGCUCGGCUAAGACUUACGCUAAUUUGACUCAGGCUUAUGUGGAUGUUCGUGAUGUCGCACUAGCUCAUGUUCUUGUCUACGAGGCACCCUCGGCCUCUGGACGUUAUCUUCUUGCGGAGAGCGCACUUCACCGCGGCGAAGUUGUUGAGAUUUUGGCUAAGUUAUUCCCGGAGUACCCACUUCCAACCAAGACUUACAUGCACACAAGUGUACAUUAAUUAUUUAGUGUACAUAAAUCUAGGAAGUCGUCAGCAAACACAACACGGUAACGGAAGGCUAAGUUUGACGAUAGUGUCGUACUGUCUUCGCGUAUCUUUAUAUGGCUUAAUCAAUGAUAUAAUUUUUUUUUUUCUGAACAAAGAUAUAAUUGUUUUAAAAGUUCUUUUUACAGUGUGUUUUUUUGGUUUCUUUAUCUUAUCUCUUAUCAUGAUCUCCAACUCAAUGAUGGAUGCGAGUUGGUCCCAUGUUAUUUUUUUAAUAGUUUGUGGUGAAAGUUGCAGUUGGUGUACCAACAACUCACAACAUAAGUCCAAGUCCACUCGUCACCUACUGCUAACGUGGACUUUUUAUAAAAACCCAUAAUAUACUUAUAUUUCACCCACAAUAAAAAAAGGUUUGAUAUAGAUAUAUUGUUUUGAAAUGGUAGUUGUAAUGGAACUAGUCUUUGGUCUUUUGCCUAACUUUAAUUAUACAAAUUAACCAACAAA